AUGCCUGAUGACUGGUCGCUGCCAGCUGCUCUGACCGGCAGUUCAUUGUUUGCUUCGAAUACGAUCCGCUCCUUUGCCUCUGAUGUAAUGACGGGACAGAUUGCGGUGCUCUCCUUUUGCUGCCAAUUCUCAGAGCACGCGGAUUAUGGCUGGCGUCUGCUCACUGAGCUGAUCGGCCAGGCUGUCACGCAUCUCUUCUUCGAUUUCGGACUUCUCGUCAUUCCUCGGCGAUUUGGAUUGGGCUAUCACCACGACUUCGAGUAUAACUACGACUUCGAGCAAGUAAUGUCGCUCACGCGAAGAGCGCUCAGGAUCCUUCUCGACCGCACGCCGAUUGUCAUUGUGAUCGAUGCUGUCCAAUGUUAUUUAGGCCCCGAGGAAAAGCAUGAACAUACCCGUGAAGCGUUGUCAAUGCUGCUGAACUUCGCUGAGGAUGAAAGGAGUCGGCACCCGAUGAAGGUACUGGUCACGAAUGCGAAGCGAUUUGAGCAUUUGGACAGGGCAGCGAGGAUUACGACAUCAUACAGGCUUCCUCCUGACAGAGUUAUAAGGGCCUGGAAUGCGGCGGAGAGGGAGUAG